GCAAGGACUCGCUGUAACAAAUCAGCUCGCUCCAUCAUGUCGUCUUUCAAGGGAGGUUGCCUCUGCGGCUCUGUCACCUACGAGUACAAUGGUCCACCAGGCGAUGGUAUUGCGUGCCACUGCACCCACUGCAGACGCUACACGGGCGGUGUAGCAAGCUUCAACCUCGGUGUCGAGGCGGCCAAGAUGCAGUGGAAGACCAAGGACACGCUCACGGCCUUUGUCGACAAGUGCGACAUUGGAGAGGGGCCUCGUCGGUGGUUCUGCAACAAGUGCGGAAGCCCCCUGGCGACUACCCUCGACUAUGAUCCAGCGCCCAUGUUCAUCAAGGCCGGAUCCAUCGAUGACUUUGAGAGUGUCUUUCCGGACGUGAAAGUUCAUCUCUUCACGCCGGAAGUGAGCACGGCAGUCAAGAAGCACUGGAACUUCGAUGGUCAGACGCUCUUCAAGGGCAUGCCCGGAUCCGAGCAAGUGGCACUUUAGGUCUAGCUCCUGUCCAUAGCCCCCUCUCUUGGACCCUGAGCUGAAGAAAGUCAUGUGCCUUACUGUUAAUGCUAUGGUACAAAAGAUGCAGGGUGCAACCGGCCCAUCUAAUCGCUUCCUUCCUCGUCGCUGUCGUCCUCGUCAUCGAGCUGAUCCAUGCCAUUGCUGCCCCUUCCCAUCGUGCUCGCGGCCAGUUGGGCCUCUUGGGCGCUUAGCGUCGUUGCGGGAGCGCUUCCCGUCGCAGGUGCUGUCCCGUCUCCCAUCUUCGCCGCCGCGGCCACCCGUUGCCCUGUGAAAACAAGGUCUGAGAGACACGCUCCCACUACUCGAGUGGGG